AAAAUGUCAAAGUCUAAACUGUAUAAUCUGAUCUGAUUGGAUCAGAAAUUGAAGUGACGUGUCACAUGAUCGAAACAGGAAAAAGAGAGAAGUAAUGGCUGCAGUGUUCGGUGGUGUUGAAGGUGGUGGGACCCACUCCAAGGCGGUAUUGGUCUCUGAGAAUGGGAAAAUCCUUGCAGAGACAGACGGCCCCUCAACCAACCACUGGUUGGUGGGUGUUGACAAGUGUAUCGAGGCCAUCAACAACAUGGUCCAGAAAGCCAAAAUAGAAGCAGGGCUAGAUCCAGACACACCUCUCCACUCUCUGGGAAUGUCUCUUAGCGGAGGGGAACAGAAGGAUGCUAUAGAGAAGAUCAUCUGUGAGAUGAAGAACAGGUUUCCUAAACUCAGCAUCAAUUAUUACAUCACCACCGAUGCCAUCGGCGCCAUGGCAACAGCCAGCGACCGGGGAGGUAUAGUGUUGAUCAGUGGGACUGGCUCUAACUGUAAGCUGGUGAACCCAGAUGGAAGCCAGGUCGGCUGUGGAGGCUGGGGUCAUAUGAUGGGGGACGAGGGGUCAGCGUUCUGGAUCUCCCACCUGGCAGUGAAGACGGUGUUCGAUGCCAAAGACAACCUGGUCAAGCCCCAUCAUGAUGUCACUCACGUCAAGAAGGUCAUUGAGAAUUACUUCCAGGUAUCAGACUUGAUGGGGAUGCUGCCUCAUCUCUAUAGAAACUUCCAGAAGUCUCACUUUGCAGGACUCUGCCAGAAAAUAGCUGAAGGGGCUAAAGCUGGUGAUGCUCUGUGUCAGUAUCUGUUCACCCUGGCAGGCAGGGUCCUGGCCCAACACAUAGUGGCUGUACUACCUAAAGCACAACAGGCUCUGUUGACAGGUGAACAGUGUCUACCCAUCUUGUGUGUUGGAUCAGUGUGGAAGAGCUGGGAGCUGCUGAAGCCAGGUUUCACAGAGGUCCUGGCGGAGUUGGAGUCCACGCCUGCCUUCAAGGGUCAUUUCUACGGUUACAACCUGCUGACCCUGAGGCAGUCAUCGGGGUCGGCGCUAGGCGGCGCGGUUCUCGGCGCGAAGAGCGCGGGCGCCACGGUAACACUCAACUACGCCGACAACGCACAAGUCUUCUACAAACACUCCUUUCAAAGCAGUCAAUGAGGAAUCGCCUCUGAACCAAUUCAAACGGAGCCUCACAAGCUUGACCAAUCAGGAUGCAGCUAUAAGUAGGGCAACGUUUGGGAUUGGACAAAUAAUUAAGUGCUUGGGAUUUAUUUGAUUAGCUCUGGUUUCUUGUACUUCUAAUAACUCUCCACAAGAGGGAGGUCUUUAGCUAACAUGCACACCGCAACUGUCCAUCAAUUGUACUGUGAAUCUAAAUAUAUCAGCAGGAAAGAUUUAAGUUUAAUCAUAUUAAGAGAAUAUAGUCUGAGGUAUGUUUUCUAAUAACUGUAAUGCAAUUAUGAAAUAUACACAACGUUUUGUAGUAAACAUUUGUGAAAGCA